AUGGAACUUUCCAAAUUAACACCACCGCAUGAUUGGGUAUACUUCAAGAGGGGUGCAGCCAACAUCUUAUUCAAAUAUAUUGGACCUAAUGAUUAUUUCUUUAAUAAGCUAUUACGCAUACGGUUUUCUUUAAUCUUAGAAAUCCAAUUGAUUGUAUUAACUUCGGAAUUUGUGUCGCAGUUAGAUAGUCGAGGACAUCAAUUGAUGAACAAUGAACAAUAUGGAUUAUUAAUCCCCAAUAUUCUUUACGACGAACAGUUGAAAUAUGUUGAAUUAAGCAAAUAUUGUCAACUUUAUUAUAGUGAUAACAAUCAGGUAAUUUUUGAAAUUAAACCUAAAUGGUUGUAUGAUAAUGUUUCUACAAACUAUUGUCGAAAUUGUUCAUUGAGCCAAUAUAGAGGAUAUCAGCGGCACUUUUGUCCUUUGGAUUUAUUAUACCCGGAAACUAUCAACGUUGCCUUAGAUGACAUCUUCUCGGCUAUACCGCAAGAAGUAUUAUCCCAAAUAAGUUUGCCAAUAUAUGACUUAUUUAAACGUUAUCUCCAAGAUCCACAAAAUAUCUUUCAAAAAUUGAAACAAUAUCAACUGAAGUCAACGCAGAGUAUUUUAAACUUGACUAGUUCAGAAGAUGUUUCGGAAGAUUUAUCCCUAGUCAUGACCCUUAGAGACGUUGGAAUAUUCAUUAAGUUCGAACCCCAUACUUCUUCCGAAGGAGGAGAUGAACAACACGUCACUGAACUACCACAAGGUAAGUAUAAUAUCAUUUGCAAUAUUUAUGACUUGGAUUUAAAAUCGAAUUUGAAAUAUACUCAUUGGAUAAAAGUCGAACAGGAAUUGCAACCAAUAUACAAUUCUCACAAUGAAAAUUGGAAAUACUGUAUUAGAAGAGACAAAUUAAACCAGGAUGAUUCAUCUGAAAGUUAG